AUGCUUAAACAACCACGAUCACAAGUUCGUUUAACGAACAUCGCUGUCGUUCGUAUUAAAAAAAAAGGGAUUAGAUUUGAAGUAGCUUGUUUUAAAAACAAAAUUUUAAAUUGGCGAUCAGGUAUUGAAACUAACAUUUAUGAGGUUCUUCAAACAGAUGCCAUUUUUGAGAAUGUUUCAAAAGGAAAAUUUGCUUCACAUGAAAAUUUAACACGUUGUUUUGGUACAACGGAUACUUUAUGUAUUGCAAGAACUAUACUUGAGAAAGGAGAUCUUCAGGUGUCUGAUAAAGAACGGGACGAAGCUCAUGAGGUUUUAUUUAAAGAUAUUGCUACUAUCAUAUCUAAACGAGUUUUCAAUAAAAAAACAGGACUUCCACUGUCUAUAUCGAUGAUUGAAACAGCUUUAGCAUCCUUAGGUUUUUCAGUUGUUUCAACAAUGUCAGCAAAAAAACAAGCUAUAAAAGGCACAAUUUUAUUGUUAGACAAAUUUCCAAACGAAUUUGCACGAUUGCAAAUGCUACUUCAAGUAUCUUUUCAAAUCCAACAACUAGAGAUUAUUAAACAAUUUCUUCAACAAUUUGACAUUCAAUUGCGUAUCGAAGAAAAGAAAGACUGCUACAUUGAUAAGAAAACAUUUGAAAGCGAGAAGGCUAUGGAAAACCUGGCACCGUCUGGCAUAGCCGAAUCUGGUACCUUUCAUUGUUUGCCUCAAUUUUUUGGUACUAUUGAUAAAUUUUUCACCGUUACCUUAAGUCCACCAGCAAACCUUGUUCUUUUAUCGUCUAAUGAACGAAUUAUUAAUGAAGAGAAUAUUCUACAAUCAACAAACAACCUUAAUCAGUCUCAGUCUUCAAAUGGUUCAUUGAAUUUUCCGGAGCCAGAAAUACAAAGUGUUUCAACAAGGAAACCCCAAAAAGAAGAUUCUUCACGUAAAUGUCGUCACUGUCCUAAUGCAGUUUUUGAGUCUGCGUGUCAAUUUCGAAAUCAUUGUAAAUGCGAUUGGCAUGCUUUUAAUGUGAAACGGAAUUUUAAAAAUUUAGAUUCUGUUACACAAGAAGAGUAUGAUAGUUUAUAUCAGGAUAUUCAAAAUGGGUUUUUAGCAGCGGAUUGUUAA